UCUCUAAUCAUAAGGAAAGCAGGAGAGCCCGAAGACAGUGAUACGUCUCACAGUGAUACGUCUCUCUCUCUCUCUCUCUCUCUCUCUGUAAUCAUAAGCUAAUCAGUAUAGCCCGAAAACAGUGAUAGCUCGCUCUCUCUCUCUCUCUCUCUCGUGCGAGGGUGAUUCGUCUCUUCGUCAUAACCAGCGCUUCCGGAGCCGACACUUGCAACGGUAUCCUGUGGCGAUCGGGCUGUCUUCUCAUGAGCCACUUUGCGAACGGGAGGAGAGGAGGAGGAGGCUUGGAUCUGGAGCUUCGCCGCAACCGCCGGAAAUGAUGAGGCCAUCCAUGAAGCACCGAAGGAGAGCCGGCGGAGGGCGGUCUUGGGCGAGGGGCUCCUCCGCGUCGCCCUCGUGGUUCCUCCUGUUCGCCUUCCUCUGCUGCGCCCUCUUCGCCGCUGUCGCCUUCUCCACCUUCCGAAUCUUCGGAGUGUCAUUCCGCCCGGUGCUGAUGCUCCCAACAUGGCAGAACUCGGCCAUCAAUGCCAUGGCCACCGACCACUCCUUCUUCACCUUCGCCGCCACCAAGAAUCGCAGUGACAACCCUCCUUCCGUCCGUAUCGAAGAAGCCAUCUCCUUCCCGGAUCAAGUCCUCCUCUUCCUCCAAUUUCCCGGCUCCCUCCCUAGAUCGGACCUUGCUUGCCUGUACUAUCCCCCAAGCAAUCCCACCACCACCAUAUCCUCCUCCUCCUCCUCCUCCUCUUCCCCUGUUGCCCAAUUCCAUCUCCCCGCCACCAUCCCGUCUCCCCUGCCUUCUUUCGUCCGCUGCCCCCUUGCGCCCCGUGGCUUCUUUGUUUCCCUAUCCCCUGACCUCCCCCUGUUCCAACCACGGCCAUGGGACCAUCUCGUCUACGCCGCCAUUCUCGAUCCUCAUGACAACUCCUCCAUUGUCUUUGCCAAAGGCUUCAACCUCCGUCCCGCCCGCCUCGCCGACCCAUCUCGCUAUGAGUGUGUAUACGGCUGGAACUUCGCGAAGCCCAACUACUUCAUGACCUCUCCUGUCCUCACAGCAGCCCAGGAAAUCAUCCGUUGCCCCACCCCACACAGCAUCCUCCUCCGCCUCCGCAGCCAUGCCGUCCUGAAUCCUCCCUUGGUAUCAGUCAAGACCAAGGGCCGCGGUGCCGUCACCCUCCCCUCUGUUGCUCAUCAUGAGAUCCUCUCGCCGAGCAGAAGGCAGGGCCGGCACACCAUGUGCGUGUGCACGAUGGUGCGCAACCAAGCCAGGUUCCUCCCGGAGUGGAUCAUUUACCACUCACGCCUCGGCGUCGAACGGUGGUUCAUCUACGAUAACGAUAGCGAUGAUGACACAGAGCAGGUGCUCGAGUCCAUGGACGCGUCUUCCGAUUACAAUGUCACCCGCCAUUUGUGGCCCUGGGUAAAGACUCAGGAAGCAGGCUUUGCACACUGUGCUCUUCGUGCCAGAGGUCACUGCCGGUGGGUCGGAUUCAUCGACGUAGAUGAAUUCUUGUACCUUCCUACGAACGUCACACUGCAUGAUGUUCUUCGGAACUACUCGAGAAAGCCUCGGAUUGGAGAGCUCCGGAUAGCAUGCCACAGUUUUGGACCUUCAGGGAGAAGAACUGUGCCAUCGGAAGGCGUCAUGGCGGGCUACACAUGCAGGCUGAGUGCGCCUGAGCGGCACAAGUCGAUUGUUCGUCCGGAGGUACUGAAUCCUUCUCUGAUCAAUGUUGUGCACCAUUUCCAUUUGAAAGAUGGGAUGAGAUACGUGAACAUGGAGAAGGGACUUAUAGUGGUCAACCACUAUAAGUACCAAGUGUGGCAAGUGUUCAAGGAGAAGUUUUAUCGGAGGGUGGCCACCUACGUUGUGGAUUGGCAGAUCGAGGAGAAUGUGGGAUCGAAGGACCGGGCACCGGGUUUGGGAACAAAGGCAGUAGAGCCAUCGGAUUGGCCAAGCAGAUUUUGUGAGGUUCAUGACACAGGACUCAAGGAUUGGGUUUCUGUGGCUUUCGCCAAUCCACGAACUGGCCUUCUCCCAUGGCAGAAGGGGGAAGAAUUUGAUUUGAUUCAUCACUUUGAUACAUAGAAGGUAGAUGAUGAGAAACAAGGGGGAAAAGAGGGUUUUGGCCAAUUGUCGAAGGUUGAUGAGUCUUCUCCCAUGGCAGAAGGGGGAAGAAUUUGAUUUGAUUCUUCGCUUUGACACAGAGACGGUAGAUGAUGAGAAACAAGGGGGAAAAGAGGCUUUUGGCAAAAUUGUUGAAGAUGGAGACAAUACAGCGCCUUGCAAUGAUACAAGGGAUGAAUCGAAUGGAAGCUUAGCGAGUACAUCCUUAAAAUAAGUGGAUGAACAUCAAUGUCCCCAUAGUGUCCAUCAUGCCGAUUCCCACAAUGCAAAUGCACCAUUACAGGCACUAAAUAUGGAUACAAGGGCAGUAUCCUUCCUGACAAGUAAAGAUGUUUGAAGAGAAGUGCAGGGAGUGACUAUGAAAAAAGGUAUUCAUCAAUUGAGUAAUCCACCGGGUCAUAUAAGUACUCACCACUGGGUUCAGAAUCCUCGCACAAGUUAAUACGUUGGACUUCAGAAAUCGGCACUGAAUCAAUGUACUGAUAUAUUUCUGUGCCAGUACAACUCACAUUCUCCAAGUAGCUGAGCUUCUGAACAGAAUACAGAUGUAAAUCCUCAAGCAUAGAAUCCGAGUCGCUCUUACUUUUAAGACUGACCUCACAUGUUAGAGGAAAACACCCUUGGUUGCAUGUCUCAUCAAGAUACCGAGUCAAUCGUGCAUGCCAUUGGAGGCAUAGCAGGCUGGAGAGGUUUCACUUCAUAGAGAUCUUUCAUAUCCUUACCAUUUGUGCAAGUGGCUGAUGUGACUAAGGGUUGUGAAGACGGAAAAUAAUCAAAACAGGGCUCAUGAUCUCGAUCAGGAUUUGCCAAACAUGAGUAGCCUUCCAAUACGCUGUAGUUUUGUUGUUCUGGAUACUGCAUGAGCUGCAUCACUGGCCUUUCAUCAUGCAAAGGCUUGCAUGCCUUCUCCCUAAUGCUUGGCAGCAUGCCCUUGAAAGAAAGAAAUAGACCUAACUGAGCAUCAUUCACUAAAGCUUUCUUACUUGCUAUUACUUGUGCAGGUGCCACUCUGUUCAUUUCACUCACAUGAGCUGCAUUGGCAACAAUCCCAUGAGUCUGGAAAUUCUCAGUUGUGCAUGCAUAUUUGCAUUUACAAACUUCUGAUGAAGAUCCACGGACCAAACCACUCUUGCCUUCUUUACUGUGGAAGGAUCAUUGAGCUCCUGGUCAACAAACUCUUUGUUGUCAACAUCCUUCCGUUUCCUCAUGGAGCUCAUCUCAGUUUCAUCUAUCAGAUGUCUGUCUUCAAUAUCUUCGGAUCCAUUUCUUAAGAUGUUGAUGACCUCAUCGAUACUGUGAGUUUCUACUUCUUUCAACUCCUGCAUUUUCUUUCUGUAAACAUGCUGCCAUAUAUUCCUUAGCUCCUUCAUUCUCACGGGUUUAAGAAGGUAAUCACAAGCACCAUGUUGAACACCUUUCAUUACCCUGCUUGUCUCCCCAUCUAUGGACAUCACUGCAAAAAUUAUAGAACAUGGACAUAAGCAAUGCUUAUGGCUUAUGCGAGAAAAAGGAAAAAUUGAUGGUAUGGGAUUUCAUUUGUUAAUGUUAGAAUGAUAAAGGAUUUGGAUAUGGAUAGCUAACU